GUUCACCACACUUCAACUUCUUGAUCAUUUUCUUCGUCCCUUCUUUAAUUUUCUUUCUAAGCCAUAUUUGCCUUUAAUUCAUCUUGAGUAGUUUUUCUUCUAAAUCUUACCAUGUCCACACCGAACCAAAGCAGCUCCCUCAACAGUUGCACUAAGUUUCCCCACCCUCACCAUGACCAAAUGACAACCUCCCACAACCAUGUAGUAGAUGAAAUCCAAUCCCAACCCUUUGACUACUCCAAACGGGCCCAGUGGCUACGCGCCGCCGUCCUCGGCGCCAACGAUGGCCUUGUCUCUACGGCAUCUCUCAUGAUGGGUGUCGGUGCCGUCAAACACGAUGUCAAGGCCAUGAUCCUCACCGGCUUUGCUGGCCUCAUUGCCGGUGCCUGUAGCAUGGCCAUCGGUGAGUUCGUAUCCGUCUACUCUCAACUGGAUAUAGAAAUGGCCCAUAUAAAAAGAAACAAGGAUCAUAGGAAGGAGUUGGAGGAAGAGGAGAGAGAGAAACUGCCUAACCCUCUUCAAGCGGCAGCGGCUUCGGCCUUGGCCUUUUCCACAGGGGCAAUAGUGCCCCUGUUGGCCGCGGCGUUCAUAAGGGCAUAUAUGGUUCGUCUCGGGGUGGUGGUGGCAGCGGUGACGGUGGCUCUGGUAGCGUUCGGUUGGCUGGGAGCGACAUUGGGGAAGGCGCCCAUGAUUAGGUCCAUGGUAAGGGUCUUGAUUGGAGGGUGGCUAGCCAUGGCUGUGACUUUUGGAUUGACUAAGUUGAUUGGAUCGAGUGGACUAUGAGAGGGUAAAUUUUAUUUUGAAUUAUAUAUAACAAUACUUUGUCGAUCUUGUCAACCAAUAUGUACGAGGUGAUUCUAAAAUGGUUUUAAAACAUUGUAAAACAUGUUUUUAAUCUUUCAAAACUAAAUUUCAUGAUAUAAAAAUUGUCUUUAAAAAGAUAAAUUUUAAUAUUCAAAAUAAUUUUGAGUAACAACAACGUGUUUUAUAGUGAUUUAAAAAUUGAAAAAAAAUGAUUUUGACAAUUUUAAAAUUACUCCCAAAAAUAUAUUAAGAGCUACUGACUUCCUAAUAUGGAGUAUUUUUUUUAUCAAAUAAAAAUAGGUCAUAUUAGAAAGUCAAUAAUUAAAAGUAUAAUUGCACCCACAUCAUAAAGUUAGUAGAGGUGAUGUUCUUGGUAAUUGGUGUGUAAGUAUUCUUCAAUUAACUAUGAUAUGAAAUGGUGUGGGGUAGACAGUGAUUAUUGGAAUUUUGGUUUAUUUUAUUUUGAUUGGAGUUUGUUGUUUGAAAUAUAUGGUAGUGUAUGUAUAUGGUUAAACUAGAAGUUGUAUAUAUUGGAAGGGAAGGAGAGAAGGCUAACAUGGCCACUUUCUCUAUGGGAUAUUUUUAUGUACUUCAAUCUCCUCUCUUAAUAAAUUUCUUGGUGAAAUAAUUCACUCUCUUUAGUUUUCAAA